AUGUUAGAUAAUGGCACUAGUCGAAACAAACUACUGGCUGUUGUAGGUGAAGCUGGUUGUGUUUCCAUUUUCAACACUUUAAAAACAUUUGAACGCCCCGUUUCAUCGUGGUUUGCUCAUGAUAAUGCCAUUUUUGAUUGUGCAUGGAGUCAUAAUGACGCUCAACUGGUAACAGCUGCUGGAGAUGCGCAUUUACGCUUAUGGGAUCUGGAAACAAAGAAAAGCGUUUUAAGUUUUCGCGGACAUCGAGGUAGCAUCAAAUCUGUAUCUUGGUGUCCUACUCAACCAGACGUCAUUGCAACUGCUUCAAGAGAUGGCAUUAUUAUGGUCUGGGACCGUAGAUUCAAUUGCAAUACUGGCUCUACACACACAUCAUCUCAUGAGCAAAGCAGCAAACCUGUCAUUUCUAUCCCCUAUGCACACGUUCGUCCCUCACAGCUAAACAUGCUAUUGCAAUCUGCAUCCAAAUCUAAACCUACAACCCCAAAAGUCUCACCAAGAUAUACGGCGAGCGUCACCUCGGUUACCUUUUUAACUCAUAUCACGCACAUGAUUGCAUCCGUUGGAGCUGCUGAUGGACUCGUCAAGUUUUGGGAUCUGAGAGCUGCCGGUGUAUCAAAAAACUGGCGCAAUGCAGUUGAAACAUCGACACCUCCUAAAAACUGCAAACGGAGCUUUGGAUUUAGUUCAUUGACUUUGAAUCAUUCUGGAACAAAGCUGUAUGCAUCUUGCUUGGACAAUAGCAUUCACGAAUUCAGUACUAGUAGAUUGAGUACACCGACAAAGCAAAUCACGUAUCCGACAUACAAGUGUGCCUCAUUUUAUAUCCGCACCUGUGUCUCACCAGAUGACUCGAUGAUCAUGAGUGGAUCUACAGAUGGCGGUGUUUACAUGUGGAACACCACGAAACCAGGAAAUCAGUUGCCAUUGAUUCUCAAAGGACACAAAGCAGAAACAUCAGGGAUUGCCACCUGUUCUGAUGAUAUGACGGUUCGUGUUUGGAGAGCGGGGCUUGACCUGACUGCGCUUGAGGAGAAUCCUGGUGCAGUGCAUCUUCGUGGGUUUGCACACCUAGCUGAUCCUAUUCCAACUUCUGAAUCAGUCGAUUGCUCUACAAUGCAACUUCCUGAUCUAUCUUCAUCUCUCUCUUCUACUAUAGAUUCAUACGCAUCCAAUCUGUCCGAUACUGCAUUUAAUAUUGAAAACGUGGAUCCAACACCCUUUUAUGACUCUAUUUUUAGUAUGCCAGAUAUACCCAUUGAACAUGAUGCAAGUAUGAACCACGAAACACAUACUGCUGUGACAUCAGUUCAAACUCCAUCAAAACCUUUACUUACUCGUCAAGCAUCAGGACCGCUUUCUCUUUCCAAUGGAUCUACCCCACGAAAGAAAAAGACGCCUGUAUCAAAAAGUCGUGCGUCAUCUUCUACUAAAGGGGUUGUAGGAAAACAACCCGUUAUACGAAGACAGAUGGGUAAAGACGAUCGAAGAGGUUCUGGUGGAUUGACUUCUAUUUUAAACUAUUUUCAUACCUUACCGGAUCAAAAUCGUGCAACUGUAUCUCCCAUCACUACUGUUGCAGAGUCUUCCACUGAUACAACGAUACCCGAAUCUUCUACUACUCGAACGUGA